CCCUCUCUCUGCCCUUUUUUAUUUAAACCCUUUUCAAGGGUGGUUCCACUCUGUCUCUCUCUUCUCUCUCUCCUUUUCCUUCGUUUUAUGAUUUUUUUUAAUCAUAUUUUUUCUUUAGCUGCUGCUUCUGCGGCGGCUAAACCCUAAUCGGUGCUUUGUAAAAGCCAUGUCAGGAUAUAAUCUGAACUUUUCUCCUGCAAGAUCUGUGUCUCCACAGAUUAGGAAUGCCCUUGAUGUCGACAGUAAUCAGUACUUGUCAGAGCUGCUGGCGGAGCAUCAAAAGCUUGGACCUUUCACUCAAGUUCUCCCAAUAUGUACCAGGCUUUUGAGUCAAGAGAUCCUGAGGCUCUCUGGAAGGCUGCCGAGCCAAGGUUUUGGGGAACUGGAUAGGUUGAGACAUAGGAGCCCUAGUCCUAUGGCUUCCACAAAUCUUAUGUCAAAUGUUCCCGGUGCUGGAGGGUUGGGUGGUGGUUGGAAUGGACUUCUUCAUCAGGAGAGGUUAAGUGGACCUCCUGGAAUGUCAAUGGAUUGGCAAGGGGCACCGGCAAGUCCUAGUUCAUAUACCAUGAAAAAGAUAUUGCGAUUAGACAUCCCAGUUGAUACUUACCCAAAUUUCAAUUUCGUAGGACGACUUCUUGGACCCAGAGGAAAUUCUCUGAAGCGUGUGGAAGUCACUACAGGCUGCCGUGUAUAUAUUAGAGGAAAAGGUUCUAUAAAAGACCCCGACAAGGAGGAAAAAUUACGAGGGCGACCAGGUUAUGAACAUCUGAAUGAACCACUCCAUAUUUUGAUUGAGGCCGAUUUACCUGCCAACAUCAUUGACAUUAGACUCAGACAAGCUCAAGAGAUUAUUGCAGAAUUGCUAAAGCCCGUGGACGAAUCACAAGAUUAUAUAAAGAGACAGCAAUUGCGAGAAUUAGCAUUGCUGAAUUCUAAUUCCCGGGAAGGGAGUCCCGGGCCAAGUGGCAGCGUGUCCCCUUUCAACAAUAGUGGAAUGAAGCGUCCCAAGACUGGCCAUUAUAAAUGCUGACGAUGAUGUGGAGGGCGUUUCGGUCUUUUGGUCGCCGUCGUGCCUGGGCCCACAUACCAUACACCAUGUAGAUGACAACGGAGAUCGGGCCGAGUUCACGGUGGCUUUUACAAAAUGGUAACUACAUAAUGGUCGUUGUCCGAGAAAACGCAACUACAUAAGUUGUUUUCUUUAUACAGUUUCGUUGGUCGUUAAAUUUAAAUGGUCGGUCAUUCGGUCGGUUUUGCGGGUCGGAGUUUCUCGUGGGUUCUUGCAAACUCUAGAUUCAUUGGAUUUAUUUGUGGUGUUGGCAAAGUAUUAUAGUGUGAUAUAUAUUGCUAUUUUUAGUUCAUUGUAGAGGGUGUUUUUUAGUGGUUUUGAAGCAAAUGCUUUGUAGCAAAAAUAACUUGUCUUUGUUGUCCAUUAUUUUGUUCAAGCAGUGAUGAUGAACAUGACAAUGAAUUAUUUAAUUAUAU